UCUCAGCACCUUCUCUGUAAAAUUAGCGAAUACUGCAGCAAGAAGUGACUGAGCGUGCGUGUAUAUUCUCGUGUGCGCGUCUCCUGGUCGAGCCGAAAGCGGAGGAUUAAUAUAAAAAACUCAUCUGGCUGUUGACAGAGAUGGCCGCCAUCCGGAAGAAGCUGGUGAUCGUCGGGGAUGGAGCCUGCGGGAAGACGUGUCUCCUCAUCGUCUUCAGUAAAGACCAGUUCCCGGAAGUCUACGUCCCAACAGUGUUCGAGAACUACAUCGCGGAUAUCGAGGUUGAUGGAAAACAGGUGGAGUUGGCAUUGUGGGAUACUGCAGGCCAAGAGGACUACGACCGGUUGAGGCCUCUCUCCUACCCCGACACAGACGUCAUCCUCAUGUGCUUCUCCAUCGACAGCCCAGACAGCUUAGAAAAUAUCCCGGAGAAGUGGACGCCGGAGGUGAAGCACUUCUGUCCCAAUGUGCCCAUCAUCCUGGUGGGGAACAAGAAGGACCUGAGGAAUGAUGAGCACACCCGGAGAGAGCUGGCCAAGAUGAAGCAGGAGCCGGUGAAGCCUGAAGAAGGCCGAGAAAUGGCCAGCAAAAUCAGUGCAUUUGGCAGUUUGGAGUGCUCCGCCAAGACCAAGGACGGCGUGCGGGAAGUGUUCGAGAUGGCCACUAGGGCGGCGCUGCAGGUCCGCAAGUCCAAGAAGAAAAUGGUCUGCGCGCUGCUGUGAAGCGGUCCAGACGCCAUCAAACCAACUGACCAAUCGGAAGAAGAAGAGAAAAAAAAUUACAACUUACGAAAAGGACUGACCUUUUACCAAAAUGGCCUCUUUGUCCCGGAUCUCCCAUUUCACAAUAACGGGGCAGGCAGACGAAUCAAAACGCAAAGAAACCGAAUACGGGAAAUGAACUUUGUCUAUAUAACAACCGUGCUUAGAAAUUGAUGUUUCAAGUUCCUUUUUUCUUUAAUUACACAAGGAAUCUUUCCAAUUUUUGUUUUUUUCCCUUUUUAUAUCUGUAAUGUCACGAGGCGGUAACGGGUGCACAUAUUUGUAUGAAAUAUUGUUCUUCGCGCGCUUGAGCGAGCGGCGUCAUUCCCUGCUUGUAUAAAGUCUUCAUGGCGUGUCCAGACUGUCCCGUUAGCAUCACUUCCUGAUCUCUUCACCAUAAGAGCGAGUGCCUUCUUCUUCCUUUUCCUUUUCCGUUUCUACACCACUGUCUAAUGCUAUUUGUCAGCUAGCUAACAUUACAAGUGAGGGGCUCCCUGUUGUGCCCAUCUGUCUGUACCUCGCGUUGUUGCCGUGGAAACCCAACAAAGCCGUAACUCUUACCAAGCGCAACCAAAUGGUCGCUUGUGUCAUUGUGGUCCGCGUUCCUAAAAUAAUAAUAAAAAGAGGUUUUCGUAACUCUGUGCUGUGGGCCUCGAGAUGUCGGGGGAGGGGCGCGUGAGAGCUAGCCCAUUGAGACGCAAGCUAACGUGGCUACGACGAUGGCCGCUGGGUCCAACGGCAGCAGAAACCAAAGUGAAGGCCACAGUCUGGUGAAACCUCCCCGUCUUUGUUCAGCGAGGGCGGACGAGUUCAGCCUUUCUUCUGCCAGUCAGUCACGCUCACCGGCGGAACCUGUCUGUUGGACCCGUCAGCCCGGUCAUGGAAACCAUGUCUCGUUCCAGCUGUAAACACUGGUGUGUGUGUGUGUUUGUUUUCCAGUCGGACGACAUUCUCUACGUGUUUGAGAGGAGUUGUUUUAUUCCCCCCCCCCCCCUGCCUUCUCUGUUGCGUUGUGCCUUUUCUUUUUUUCGUUCUCCCCCAGCACCAGAUAAACCACCGGCUCCACGCCAACCCGAUACCGACCGACAAGGUCAAGAGUGACCUUUCUGAUAUGCUUCACGAAGAUUGGUUAUUUAAAUUGCUCCAAGCAUCAGAACAAAUGUGUCAUUGGUUUAAAGUUUCAGUCUUUUGUAACAUAAAUAUUAAGAUUUCAUCCAGAAA